AUGGCUGAUGACCAGGUUAAGGCCCAGGCGGGCCAUAUUGAAGCCCCCGAGGAGCACAGACCUCUCACUUUCAAAGCUUGCUUCCAGUACUUGAAAGACCGCGUUCCAACACUAAAGCCUCCUAUGCGCAAAGCCCCAAACCCAUUCAAAGCUUUGACGUUGCUGAAUAGACAGCAGUGGCUGUUCUUUGCGGUGGCUUUCCUAGGUUGGACGCUUGACGCCCUCGAUUUCUUCACUGUCUCCCUGACUACCUCUGAACUCGCCGAGGAAUUCGGCAAGGAAAUUAGCGAUAUUUCCUGGGGAAUUACUCUCGUUCUCAUGCUCCGCAGCGUCGGUGCGAUCACCUUUGGUAUUGCCUCGGAUCGAUGGGGCCGCAAGUGGCCUUUCAUCAUCAACAACCUCCUUUUUAUCGCAUUGGAAAUCGGCACUGGUUUCACUCAGACUUACCAGCAGUUUCUCGCUGUUCGUGCCCUCUUCGGCAUCGCCAUGGGCGGAUUGUAUGGGAAUGUUGCGGCGACGGCGCUAGAGGAUUGUCCCAAGGAAGCGCGUGGGAUUGUCUCUGGUCUGCUGCAGCAGGGCUAUGCAUUCGGAUAUCUUUUAGCCGCUGCCUUUGCGCGUGCACUUGUGGGAACAACCUCCCACGGCUGGAGACCGUUCUAUUGGUUUGCAGGGUGUCUUCCUGUUCUGGCGAUCGUUUUCCGGCUCUUCUUGCCCGAGACGAAUGCUUAUCGGCAGCGCCAGGAGCUCAGGGCUGAGAUGCCGGGCAACGUCACCUCUGCUUUUAUAUCUGAGGGCAAGGUCGCGCUCAAGAGGCAUUGGUUGCUUCUUAUCUACCUUGUUCUACUCAUGGCUGGUUUCAACUUCAUGUCCCACGGCUCCCAAGACCUCUACCCGACGCUAGUCCAGCGCCAGUACGGCUUCUCUCGCGACGCCGUAACAGUGACCCAGGUCGUGGCCAACCUGGGCGCCCUAACCGGCGGCACGCUCUGCGGCUGGGGCUCCCAAAUUUUCGGUCGUCGAUUCAGUAUUAUUGUAAUCAGCAUUGUCGGCGGCGCCCUCCUAUACCCAUACACCUUUAUUUCGAGCCAUAAGAUCAUGGCUCCUGCCUUCUUCGAGCAGUUCUGCGUCCAAGGCGCGUGGGGCGUGAUCCCCAUCCACCUGAUGGAACUCUCGCCAGGUUCUAUCCGGACAUUUACUGUCGGCACGGCAUAUCAGUUAGGUAAUCUGGUGUCUUCCGCGAGCUCGACUAUCGAAUCGACUAUCGGGGAGAGGUUCCCGCUACCGCCGACGGAGGAGGGCGAAGAAAGGUAUGACUAUGGCAAGGUGAUUUGUAUAUUCAUGGGCUGUGUCUAUGCGUAUGUGAUUAUUGUUACGUUUUUCGGGCCUGAGCGGCUGGGACGUGAUUUUGAUGUCGAGAACGAUGAGGAUGUUGGGGAGGUUAGGGCUGAGAGGGGUGUCAUCGAUGACAUGGAGAAAGGUCGCAACUGA